AAAACGCCCACCACAGUUCAGGGUCACUGUCUGACAGACCUACUCAAGACAUCAAGGAAAACUCAAAAACCGAAUCUCCAUUCUCAAAGGGAUGAGCGGGGUUUAAAGAGUGGGAGGAGGCGAUGCAUCCUGUAGUCUGGGAUCACUGUGUGUGUGUGACUGACGUUCUUGAUUCAUCAUCCAACAACCACAUGGGCAGCAUGGAUAUAUAAGCUUGAGCACACCUGCUCAACAAUAACGACUUCAGACCUCCGCCAGCUGACCUCAGCCUGUUACCAAAGUUCAGGUGCCUGGACCGACUCCGCAGCAUGCUGCCUGGGAGAGCGGCUGAUGUCCGGCACUGCGUCCUGACGAGCCGCUGGCUGCCAGCAGCUCUGGCGCUGUUACUCCUCCUCUCCUCCAGCCUCAGCUGCGCUCACAGCACCACGGUGGAGCACGACUUCCACAUUGUCCACAAUCUCGACAACAGAAGUCCAGAGAUAGACCCGUUCUGGUACGUGGGGCGUGGGGUGAGACCCAUCGGGCGCUUCGGGAAGAGGCACAGCAGUGUGGAGGCUCUGGGCAGCAGGGGGAUGCAGCCUGUCGUCAGGAUGUUGGAGCUGCUCCUCAACAGCCUCAGAAACAAGGAAAACCUUGAGAAAGUGCUUGAUGGGGAGGACAGGGAUUGGUUACCGUGACAGCAUGCUCACCUCCCUCCAUCCACGGUCCCCCGCCAAACUUUGAGUGUCUUCAUUUUUUAUCUUGAUAGAGGUUAAAUACUCCUUCACCCUCACUCUUUAUUGCAUCAUGUAUUUCUCUCUGGUGUCUGUUAUGAGGCCUUUAAUUAUUGACAGGAUCUCUGAUGAAAUCACUCUCCAAAUGUAUCUGUACAUAUGAGAAUGCAAUCUAUAUUGAUUAAUAA